AAUCAUAUAUUUUGUUACACAACACCUUGAGGCCUCCUCGUAAAAUGAAAAGGAGCGAUCAACACAAAAUAAAUGUACAAGAGAAAACGAGACAAGUUGCUAAUUUUAAACAAUGAUUAAUUUACUCGUCAAGAGACCGAAAUUUUUGGUGCCACCUGUUUAGUCUCGAUGUGUUUCAGUUCGUAUUCAUACAGGAGACAAAAGAUGAAGAAAAGUAAGAACAAGAACAGUCUAGCACGGGAUAAAAUUAUCACCAAAGAAGGCUUCAUGGAAAAAAGGACUGGCCUAAUGAAGUUAUGGAAAUCCCGUUAUUUUGUACUGCUCGACGACGUAUUGUGUUAUUUCUUACGAGAAGAAGAAAAAGAGCACCUGACACCAACCGGAAGAAUCUUUUUUAGCGAUAUAGACAGCAUGGACAGGGCGGAAAAGAAAGGCCAUCCGUUUUCAAUGUUCGUAAAAACUGAGCAGAAGAAACAUGUUAUGAGUUGCUCGUCCUACGCAGAACGCGAGGACUGGAUGAAUCGGAUAUGGGAAGCGAAGGAGAAACACAAAAGUGAUGAAAAACAUGACCCGGUGAGAAGGAGAAGUAGUCGCCUCGGAAAGGAUUUUAAACGAGUCACAAUUAAGAAAGAUCCGCAGCAUGGUAUUGGUUGUACUAUAAAAAAUGUUGGUGGAGCAAUUUUUGUUAGUCGCAUCAUACCCGAUGGUCCAGUAGCCACGUCCGGUGUUUUGCGACCAGGUGAUCAAAUAAUCGACAUCAAUGGCAACCGCGUGUCAGAAUGUCCGAUUGAAAAAAUCAAAGAUGUUAUCCGGAGCAGUCCGGAUUACGUUGUGUGUACUGUGAAACCCGUGACGCAUUACAAUCACCAUGAUGCAAGCCCGCAAGUUGGUAAGACGUCGUACACUAAAGUCGAUCCGGUGUUAUUACAAAAUCGUGACAAUCACGGCGUCAAUACCGGGGAACCGAUAUCAUGUUUUGAUGUCGGUGCGUACGCCAAGGAGUAUAAACAACAACAUGAAGAAGAGACGCAAAUUGAUGAAAAGCCAAAUUACAGGGACACACAAGUUGUUGACCAUGAACAUGAGAAAGUGAGCAAAAAACCUACAAACUAUGCCGAGCUCGAAUUUGGUGUGAAAACGUAGAUUAUAUUUAAAAGUGGCGUUUGCAGUAGAGAAAUUCCCGCUUCAUGUGAGUCUUGUGUGAUAUAUCCUUGGUUUCUUCUAUCCUUUCUUUUUUUUUUGUGAUCAAUAGAGACACUUAUUUUUAUCAUUUUUACAAAUUUUAUUUAAAAAGUAUAAAUAUAUAUGUACAUUAAUUCAAAACUGUAGAUUUUCCAAACUCUGGUUUUUAUUUGUUUGCUGUUGUUUACUCUUGGUUGUAUUGUUUUGUUGUUGUUGUUGUUGUCGUCGUCGUCGUUGUUGUUGUUGAUUUUGUUUUGCUUUUUUAAUUGUUGCUUGUGCUUUUUGUUACUUUAAAGUAUCUUCUACGGUAUUGCCAUUUUUCCAUUCUGAUUUUAACAGUCCAUUCAGUCAGUCUGACCGUCAGUUCUUCAUUCAGUCAGUCAGUCAAUCAAUCAGCCAUUUAUUCAGUCAUUAAUUCAUUUAUUCAUUCAUUCAUUCAUUCAUACUUUCAUUUAUUUAUUUUUUUGCAAAGAACCUAGUUAACGCAAACAAAAAUUAACAAUUUGUUUACAUAUGCCAUGUGUUUAAUGCGACACGCUCUGCUACCAAAUUCAGAACCAUCAUUCCCAGAGUGUGAAUUGUGGAAACAAGUGUAAUCUCAAAUAAUAGAGAGGGGGGUAGGGAAUCCCCCUCCCUCGUCAUAUAAACCCAUAAGUAGGGUCAGAUCUUAGAUUUGUUUUAUAUACAUCACCUUGUUUAUAUUUAGGAACAUAUUUUUUACUGUAUUAGAUUUUGUGCUUUUAACCGCGACGCACCUAGAAAAAUAUUAACAGCACCUUGUUUGUUUUUUUUCACGAAAUUCAUUUUAGUCGAUUUUACCAAUUGCAGGCGUAUAUUUGGUGCGUUUGUUACAAGACACUUCUGUCUUAUUUUACUAAAAGUGAUUGGCUCAAAAUGCGGGGUUUUUUUGUACCACAUAGCUAGUAAACUAAUCAUUCUUAAUGAGUGCAAGUUUUUCAAAUCAACAACGCCUGGUUUUUAUAAGAUUAUCUCUCAGCGUGUAUCUGAAUGGGGCGUUAGUAGCUCGAAAGAGGGCGUUAGUAUUUAAACAGAGGGCGUAUUACAAAUACAUCUAUAUUAUUCAAAGCUGUUGAAAUGUCUUCAUACGUUUACUUUAUUUUAAUAUAACUUAUACUUUAUUUUAGUAAAUAACUUAGUUCCAAAUAUUUUAUAUUUAGUCUUACCUUGAUAAUAAUAAUGAAGCAUGGAAACUAAGUUGUUUGUAAGAUACUUUUUGAUUAAAAAUUUUGUAGGUUUUAAAAAGCUACUUUUUUUAUAAAAGUAAAUAUAGUAUACCACAUUUA